AUGACAUAUAACGAGUCUAAGUACUUCGGAAAUUCGCGCGCUGACGAUACUACUUCCGAGGAUGUCAAGAAACUCAUUGAUGUCUCUAGUGAUAAAGCCGGUAAUAAUAACAUUCUCGAAGAGAGUCAAGAAAUUACUAGAGCUGUGAUAAAUAUUGAUAAAGGUAGCACAAUCGAAACUAUUAUUGACAAUAUCGAUCAAUUCGCUAAUGCACAUAUAAACACUAAACAAAAAUCCCAACAAAUUUACGAGAAAUUGCUUUAUAUUGAUUGCUACAAUUACGGCAAAAGACGUUGGGCUCCUGAAUGGGUUGAAUUAUGUGAAAAGUAUAAAGGUCUAAUGAUCAAUUCGACAAAUACUACGACGUUUCCUACUUAUUACAAGAAUCACGUCAAAAAAACUCUUCCAUUACUAAAGAGUAACAAUAUUUCCGCAGCCAAAAAAAUUUUUUUAAUAGAGAAAAUCAAAAACGAUCAUCAAGAAAAGGAAAAAAAAAACCUCCUCGAUUUUGAUCAAUACAAGCAGGAUGUUUUAAAGUUGAGGCAGGACAUUGUGAAGUUUAAAGAGGUCUUGGACGAGGAAAUUACAAAUUUACAAGCUGUAACCAAGCAUUAUUUUAUUGUGCAAAUCUUCAUGAUUGUUUUAAACUAUCUGAGAGUUGUGAUCGUUCGAAACGUAAAUUAUUCAGUUACUGGAGAAACGCUCUCGAUGACACAUGAAUGUAUUGUAAAAGCGUCUAAAUUGUUAGAAGAAUUUAGUGAUUCAAUAGAUGAAUUUUCCGGGAUUAAUCAUAUUCAUACUAGAGUUUGUGAUGCUAUUAAUAGUGAAUUGGAAAGUUUUUUGAGUACUAAAACUGUACUUUCCGAUGGCACAAAUAG